ACAGAGGCAGCAGUGAGACUGAGACCCACUCAGACCCAGUGGUGUGAAAGAGAGAAAGCUGCACUCGGCAAAGUAAAAGCAGGUUUUUCUUUUUCAUCUCGUUGGCGCUGCGUUGACGGCGGAAAGAGUGCGAGAUUACAACAUAUCCGGGCGAAAGGGAGUAAGGGAGUGAAAAGGAAAGGCAGUGCAGUAAUUUCUUGAAGCCGUUGGCCAAACUCCUGGUCCCGGUUCGAGCUGUCGCCUGCAAGCGUGCGCCUUUUUCUGCGUAAAAGUUUCAUUUGUAAGAAAACUGAGAAUUAAGACUGGAAUAACACUUCUUGGAGCCUUACACAGUGGUGCUUUUCAUGUCGAAAACACGUGCGCUGAAGUGACAGGAGUCUGCGCUUAUGUCCUGAUCGCAUGCCCGUGCGGAGAAGAUCGGAUCUCUGUGGAGUUUGAAAGCGCGCACGGAGAAGAGAAAAGGGGGAGGAAAAAAAAAACUUCUCUGGGUUUUUUUCCCCCCGUUUAGAAAAGCGAAGCGGGUUUGUGAGGGACGAUGCUGCGGCUGUUUGUGGCUUGGAGCACUCUGGUGGCGCUGUGCGUAAUGGUGGAGGGAGCGCGCGGCGGCGGCGGUUACGGUAUGAGCAUGUUCGCGGCGCAGUCCUCACCUCCUGAUCCGUGCUACGAUGAGAACGGUAACCCCCGCCGCUGCAUCCCGGAUUUCGUGAACGCGGCUUUUGGGAAGGAUGUGCGCGCGUCCAGCACGUGCGGCACACCGGCUGCGCGCUACUGCGUGGUGAGCGACAAGGGCGAUGACCGGACGCGGGACUGUCACACGUGCGAUGCGGCGGAUCCGAAGAAAGCGCAUCCGGCUGCGUACCUCACCGAUCUCAACAACCCGCACAACCUGACGUGCUGGCAGUCCGAGAGCUACGUUCAGCACCCGCAGAACGUCACUCUUACUCUGUCACUGGGCAAAAAGUUCGAGGUGACCUACGUGAGCCUGCAGUUCUGCUCGCCGCGGCCCGAAUCCAUGGCCAUCUACAAGUCCAUGGACUACGGUAAGACAUGGACGCCGUUCCAGUUCUACUCGACGCAGUGCAAGAAGAUGUACAACCGACCGAGUCGCGUCACCAUCACCAAGCAGAACGAGCAGGAGGCCAUCUGUACAGACUCGCACACGGACAUGCAGCCGCUCGCAGGCGGCCUCAUCGCGUUCAGCACCCUGGACGGCAGACCGUCGGCGCACGACUUUGACAACUCGCCUGUGCUGCAGGACUGGGUCACGGCUACUGACAUCAAGGUGACUUUCAGCCGCUUGCACACGUUCGGCGACGAAAACGAGGACGACUCCGAGCUGGCCAGGGACUCGUACUUCUACUCCGUGUCUGAUCUGCAGGUGGGUGGCCGCUGCAAGUGUAACGGACACGCGUCCAAGUGUGUGCGCGAUCGCGACGGCAACCUGGUGUGCGAGUGCAAACACAACACUGCGGGACCCGAGUGCGACAGGUGCAAACCCUUCCACUAUGACCGGCCGUGGCAGCGCGCAACAGCCAGAGAGGCCAACGAGUGUGUGGCUUGUCACUGUAAUCUGCACGCACGCCGGUGUCGGUUCAACAUGGAGCUGUAUAAGCUGUCAGGACGCAGGAGCGGAGGAGUUUGCCUCAACUGCAGACACAACACCGCUGGACGCCACUGUCACUACUGCAAAGAGGGCUUCUAUAGAGACAUGACUAAGCCCAUCUCACACAGACGCGCCUGCAAAGCAUGUGACUGUCAUCCAGUCGGUGCUGCAGGUAAGACCUGUAACCAGACCACGGGCCAGUGUCCGUGCAAGGACGGUGUGACUGGUAUUACCUGUAACCGCUGUGCUAAAGGCUACCAGCAGAGUCGCUCGCCCAUCGCCCCCUGCAUCAAAAUUCCAGUCGCCUCCCCAACUGCGACCUACACCAGUUCUGAAGAACCAUCAGACUGUGAAUCCCAUUGCAAGGCCUCCAAGGGCAAAAUGAAGGUCACCAUGAAGAAAUAUUGCAAGAAGGACUUUGCUGUCCAAGUGCACGUGCUGAAGGGUGACAAGGCAGGCGAGUGGUGGAAGUUCACUAUUAAUAUCAUCUCAGUGUACAAGCAAGGCGAACACCGCAUCCGACGUGGCGACCAGCUACUGUGGGUGCGUGCCAAGGACGUGGCCUGCAAGUGCCCCAAGAUCAAGCCAGGCAGAAAGUACCUCUUGCUGGGCUCAGACGAUGAUGACUCGCGUGGCCAAAGCGGUGUAGUAGCCGACAAGGCCAGCCUGCUCGUUCCCUGGAAGGACCAGUGGGCCCGUCGCCUCCGCAAGUUCCAGCAGCGUGACAAGAGGGGCAAGUGCUAAAGCAGCCAGCAUCAGCAAUCAGCACAGGAAGGAGGAAGGGAGACAAAGGAAGGAUUGGAGGAAGGACCGAGCGCUGCUAAGCAGACUGAUAUUGCUAGCCUCUGGUAGAAACAGUUGUGAAGGAAUUCGGAUUUCACAGUUGUCUUCAACCGUUGUGGGGUUUGGUUUUUUUUUAAGUUCCUUCAGAUUUUUUUGUAUUGUGGAUUUUGCGGAGUUUGCACCUAAUUUUACAUAUACAGUAUGUAAAGUCAUUUUUGGAGUGAUCAGUUUUGAUGUCCCUCACUAUAUUUCGUUUUAUAUAGCUUGACAUUCCCCAGCCCCUUUUUACCGAAAUUAGCAACUGUCACGCAUUUCUGGAUUGAGAAAUCAAUCUUUUAUUUCAUCACCAAGCUUGUAGUGUUCGAGUGUGCUUUCCUAUUUGAGCAAGCCACUACCGUAACUGAUUUAGUUAAAGCUAAAGUGAUCUUUGUGGGGUUGCUGAUUUUUUUUUUUUUUUGAACAUGCAAGUUCAAAGAGUGAACUAACAGAGUGAACUAACAAGUUCUAUGAACACCACUCUCAAGUAAAGCAUUAUAAACAAUACCUCAUUGUUUCAGAUCAAGCGUGUUUAUGGAAAGUGACAUGCCUCACUUGGUGGGAAAAUGAACCACUACUCGUUUAAGUUGAAUGUCAUUUUUGCAAUGUACAGUAUAGCGUUCUUGGCCUUACUACCACACACUAUGUAUGUAUAAAGACAGUGUCAUCUUUUACACAAGAUCCCUUAUUAAACUUACUUCUAGUUUGUAACAGCUAUUAUUUCAAAAUGUUAAAAGAAAAAAAAUUAAAAGCCAGAAAGCGCAGCUUCUUGUUUCAUUAGAUAUAAGGAACACCUAAAAAAAAAAGGUGAGUUUAAGAUUCUAAAUAAUUACAAUUGAAGCGUCAAUCUGAUCUCAUGAAGAAUUCUAAUGUAAGGGUGAUUUCCUUACAGCCUACCAAAAUUCCUACUAUGUAGCUCUUCAUAACUUCAUUCAUAAUUUAAUACGAGACCCAACUGGUCAUGCAGUCAAGUCUCGUCCAUAAUAUAUAGCUGCAAGGUUAUAAAAAAAAGCCUUAAGUAUAAGACAGUGUUAAGAAAACGACAUUAUUGACUAGUUGAAGACCAUAAUUUAGCCUAUUUUGCCUUGUGUAAUAAAAACAUAGCCCUAUAAUUUGCUUGGUACUUUGUGGAAGGUAUUGUCAUGUUAUUGUUAUUUGUAUAGAUGUAUAGUAUCUUUUAUAUAACAUUAACUAGAUUAUAUUCACAUUAUUAACCAGAGUGUUUAGAACCAUAAACGUAAUAUUUCAACAGAGGAGUAAGUGUUUGUGUUUGUUUACAUUGGUUGAUCAAAUAGAGAAGUUGUACAGUAUCUGUUAUAAGAAUGGAGUAUUCGAACACACACACACACACACACCGCCCACGCUUAAGUUACUGUCAAACUAUGAACUCUGACAGUGACUUAGAACUGAAUAUUAAUUCUAUCUAUCAGCUAGAAUAGUCACAAAGAGACACACGGAAACUAUUCUACAUUUAGAAAUGUUCUGAAGCAACAUGAACAUCUUGACUAUUUCUUUAACUAUUUGGAGAAUUAUUUUCCAAGCCAGGUUUUGGGUGAAGACCUACCGGUAGCCAUUGUUCAUGGUUUACCUGUAAAUGACAUUUAGCUGUAUGCUUUGUUUUGUCUCAUAAUGCAUACUAAUAUAUAAUGGUUCUCAUAAAAUGAAUCUAUUUAAUGAUACCGGAAUUGACAUGCCUUUGUUUUUAUUAUUGUUGCUACCAUGAGAUGAUCUUGUGACGUUGUAACCAUUGAACGUACAGAUAGUGAGAAAUUGGAGAUUGUUUUCAAUAAACACCCCCAUAAACCCCA